CUCAGACUGUCUGGACUCACAGAGGGUUACUGGACUAAGCAAUACCUGGGGGACUCAAAGCAAAAAGCUGUGAAGAUGAAACUGUGUCUGAUUCUUGCCUUUGUGGCAUUCACAGGUUGCCAAGCCAACCUGUUUUAUGCUGAUGAGCCCAAGCCACAGCUGGAGCAGCUGACUGAUGCAUUCUGGAGCUAUGUUUCCCAGGCCACACGCACCGCAGAGGACACCCUGAAAAUGAUCAGAGAAUCUCAACUGGGACAGGAAGUCAAUACUAGACUGACUCAGAGUGCCGAUGUGGCCAGCGAAUAUGCCGUCACCCUCAAGAAACAGAUGGAUCCUCUGGCUGAAGAGCUGAUGACCAGAAUCACCAAAGAGACUGAAGUGUUGAGGGAGCGUUUGAGCCAGGACCUGACCACUGUGAGAGACCAGCUGGAGCCCUAUGCCGACAACCUCAAGAGCCAGAUCCAGCAGAGAGUGGAGGAGCUCAGGACCGCCAUGACUCCAUAUGCCGAAUCCCUGGAUUCUGAGACCCUGAAAGCCACUCUGCUCCAGAAGAGUGAGGAGCUGAGAGGAAACCUGGAGCAGAGCGUGAAGGAGCUGCAGGCUCAGCUGGAGCCCUACACUGCUGAAAUCAAGGAGAAGGUUGACCAGCGUCUGCAGGAGUUCCAGAAGACCGUGACCCCUCUGGCUGAGGAUCUUCAGGCCCAGAUUAGAGAGAGAGCCCAGAUGGUCCAGCAGAGUCUCACACCCUACGCUGAAGACCUGAAGGAAAAGCUGGACCCCUACGCACAGGACCUGAAGGACCAGCUCACCUCCCUGUACGAGUCCUUCAUCAAGAGAAAUUAGAUGCUUCAAAGACUUCUUUCUUUGUCACUAACAGAACUGUUUUUCCUUCCAUGAGAAUUGUGACACCAAAAUCCCACAUAUCUCCCAUAACCAUGACCUAAAUCAUACUAUUAGGCAUCAACAAGAUGUCUUCAGUUGAUAGGCCAGACACUAAUAUAUAGGAUAAGUGAUUUUUUAGCUAAUAUCCUGUUGUUUACAUCUUAACCAUUCAUCUAUAUAGAUGCAGAAAUGUUGCUCUCUUUCAGUAAAAAUGCUGUGUAUUUAUUUCAGUUUAGCAACUCUUUAUUACCUCUGACAGAAAAUGUGUUGCUUCUUGCAAAUUUAGAAAUGCCAAGUGUAUCAUUUGUCUUAUUUAUCAACAAUAAAACACCUGCCAUUAUCAACAA